AUGUCAGACGAUGAUUUCGGUGAUGAUUCAUUCCUCGUCGACGACUCAUUCCUACGUGAGGUAGAUCACAUCACAGCCUCAGCAUCAACUUCGGAACAGAGCAAACCCAGAACCUUGAACAAUGGACUCACCAGAUCAGUAUCCCUCUCGAAUCCUCGUCAAGCGGCGGCUCUUUCAACAUCAAAGGGUUGGACAGGUAUUCAAAGAAGUACUUCCGGACCUACCUCAAAGCCGUUACACAAAGUCAACAGUACACCUAUCAUACCUUCCAGCUUGAAUCAGAAUCUCUCCCCAGGCAAAUCGACUGCACCGUUGAAAAGGAAGCUACCGAUUCAACCUUCUUCAGACGAUUAUGAUAUCAUACCUCUCGAACCUGAAUCCUUAGCUGCGUUGGAUUCUCUUACCGCUCAUCGUCCACAACCUCAACCCCAAUCAUCAGCAUCUACAUCUCAUUCCCGAACAAGCGUAACUUCUGCACCUGCCCUACCUUCUUCUAGGGUUGGUCUUGGUCGUAUGAACGGUACGACCAACAACAACCCUACGAGCUUUGGUCGGACGAACAGUAAUCCUUCUGGUUCUGGUCGUGCCAACACCAUUAGUCAUGGCAACAGCUCAACUUCAUUUGGACGAACGAAUAGUAAUGGGUUCUUGCAGACGCAUUUGAAUUUCAGAAGAGAAAAGCAAGGAACCAAAGGGAAAGUAUGGGAUAGGACAGAGUUCGCAGAAACUGGCAGGAGGAUCAGUACUGAGAAAGGCAAAAAUAAGACCAACAACCACAAAGGCAAGGGAAAGAGGAAAUCAAGAGAUUGGGAAGAUGACGAGGAUGACGAAGGAGAUUUGGAGGAUGAGGAUGAUUGGAGUAGUGCUUUGGCUCCGUUACCAAAAUCUUUGGUAGAUAUGAACGCUUCAUACGAACCACAGCGGCAUCUACCCAAUUCAGCCACCAUCGGUACCUACAUCUAUCCCACUAAUCGUUCGAAGAGAGAAUAUCAGUAUGAAAUUAUCAGAGCAUGUUUUAGAGAUAAUUGUCUUGUCGCUUUACCAACAGGUUUAGGUAAAACUUUCGUAGCUGGUGUUGUCAUGUUGAACUUCUAUCGAUGGUUCCCAACUGGAAAGAUUGUGUUUCUUGCACCUACCAAACCAUUAGUCAAUCAGCAGAUCGAAGCUUGUCAAUUGUCCUGUGGGAUACCAAGUCAAGAUGCAGCUGUGAUGACGGGCUCGAGUGUUAGUCAGAAAGAAAGGGCUCGAUUGUGGGAAGAUAGAAGAGUGUUCUACUGUACACCUCAGACGCUAGAUAAUGACUUGAAGAAAGGCUCGGUAGAUCCGAGAGAUAUUGUGUUAGCCGUAUUCGAUGAAGCGCACAAAGCCUCUGGAGGAUAUGCAUACACCACCAUCUUAGCUUAUAUAACAGCCCAUCAUCCCUAUUUCCGAGUCUUGGCUCUCACGGCUACACCUGGAGCAGAUGUACCCAGAGUUCAAUCGGUAGUUGACGCGUUGCAUAUCUCAAGAAUAGAGAUUAGAGAAGCUGAAGCGCCUGAAAUUAGAAAGUAUAUGAACGAAAAGAGAACGGAGAAGCAUGUUGUACCUAUGGGAGAUGUGAUAGAAAAUUUUAGAGAUCGGUGGGCAGCAUUGAUGAGACCCAAUGUAGCCAAAUUGGUAGACAAAGAUAUCCUCACGGAGAGAGAUUUAGAUUGUAAACGAUUGCGACCUUUUCGACUGACCGCCAAACGUAUGGAAAUUGGUAGGGACAGAAAUUCGGGCCUGAAAUGGGCUUUUGGAAGUUUGUCAGCUUUGGAAAAGAUGGCAAGAGCGAUGGGUCAUCUUCUCGAAUUUUCACUAGGAAUGUUUCAUACUACCCUCGUUGAGAUCGCAGGAGGAACCGAUGCCGCUGGGAAGAAAAGUAAUAACAGAGGGUCGGCAAAUUCAAUAAGGAACAAUACCGAAUUUCAGAAGUUACUUCGAGAUGUCGAGGUGGAGAUGAACAUGAUCAGGAUUGGAAAAGAUGGCAGGACAAAAGCUGAUAAACAUCCAAAGAUGCAGAAGACGUUGGAGCUGCUUCUAGCCCAUUUCACCCAAGCCGAGGAAGAAGAGAAAACUCUCGGUCAGAAAAACGAUACGAGAGCUAUGGUGUUUUGUUCUUUCAGGGAAUGUGUAUUGGAUAUCGUUGAUAUGCUCAAUCAACAUUCGGGUCUACUCAGAGCAACGAAAUUUGUCGGUCAGUCUCAAGGCAAACAAGAGGAAGACAAAGGAUUCAAUCAGAAGGAGCAGAAAAAGACGAUCAACGAGUUCAAGGACGGAAAGUAUAAUAUCCUUGUCUCCACUUCCAUCGGUGAAGAAGGUUUGGAUAUCGGCGAAGUGGACUUUGUAGUCAUUUAUGAUAUGCCAAAACAGAGUAUAAAGCUGCUGCAACGAAUUGGAAGAACCGGCCGAAAACGAGACGGUAAAGUACACGUACUCAUGUCGGAGAACAGGGAAGAUACAAAUUGGGAGACCGCUCAGCAAACUCAUCGAGAUAUCCAAGAAGAGAUCUUACAUUCGAGGAAUCUAGAACUUUUCGAAGAUGUAGAACCUCUGUUACCUGAUGGGAAAUUUCCUGAGUGUAUCGAACAAGAAAUGGAGAUUGAUCCUUGGGAUCCUGACGAUAAGAAAUUUCAAAAAACUUUAGCUGAAGCCGAAAGAUUGGUCAGAAGAGAAAAGGCCAAAAGAGAUAAAGCUCUUUCGAGUGAAAGCAAGGCUGCCAAGGGUCAGGGGAAGGGAAAGGGGAGGGGACAUGAAGUACCCGAUGGUGCCGAGGGAUUUAAGAGUGUAGCGGAUCUACUUAGAGAUGCGGGUAAACUAUCUUCUGUCAAGAAGACAAAGGGCAGACAGGUUGAAUAUGAUUCAGAGGGAGAGGAGGACGAAGAGGAUACUUCGACGAAGAAAAGGCAAAACCCCAAGAAGAGAGGCAGACCCUCACCAGUUCAAUCGGAGUCUGAAAACAGCGAGGAACAAGAUCUUGAUUCGCUGUUCGCUCAGACCGGAUCUAAGAAGGUAAGCUUAGGAUGCAAACCAAAAAAGAAGGUCACGAAACGAUCUAGGAAAGCUGCUGAGGAGGAAAGCAAUAAAUUCAUAUCUUCCAUCAAGAAUAAGGGUGCUUCUUUAGCGGAUAUCGACCUCAAUGCUGAUUCCGCCGCGGAGUCAGCAUCCGAAUCCGAGAUUAUACCGAAGACGCAUAGUCAAUUGUCCAAGUCGAAAUCGAUCAAAAGGAAGAAAGAGGAGAAAGAAGAAAUCGAUAGAAGGGCUGAACAAGCUGAAAAAGAUAAAUCCGCUUUGGAUUUCUUUAAUACAGUUGGACCGAUUAGGAGGGGUAUGACUAGAUCGCCUACACUGACUAGCCCCACUCCACCUUCCUCGCCUCCCCCUCAACCACAACCUCAUAACCCGAUAUCGCCCGUGAAUCACGUACUGUCUUCUCCGGAAGUUACCAAGCACCCUGUGUUAGGAGGUCAGAAACUCACACCUCGUACAGCAGCAGCGGUCGGGUUCAGUCAAAUUGCUCCCGUAGAUUUGUGGGACGCUGACCUUGAUAUGGACCUAGAUGAAGACUUGAUCUCACCGGUACUUCGUAAGACACCCCAAAGUGGAAGUAUGUUACCUCCGCCGCUCCCAUCGACCGUAUCAAAGCAUACCAGCUCGCCUCUAUAUAUCAAUUACAAUGGGGUAGGAGGUUCAAGUACGCCUCUCCCGCUCACACAGCCAGUCAGGAGACUAGGAUUGGGUAGACCAAGACCAAAAACCAAUAAUGUCGUGUUAUCGUCAGGAUCAAAAGAUUCGCCAAUUGCCAAGGCGGCUGUAGGGAGAAGGAUGAUUCAAAGUAGCGAGCCUGAUUCACCGGUCGUAAGUGGACGGCAGGUCGUGUUGGAAAGCAGUUCGCCGGUGGUUGAACGUCGAAGGGAAAGAAGGGCAAGGGAUACUGGAAGGGACAAGAAGAAGAAGAAGAACAAUAAAGGUCCAAUUGGAGAUUAUAUGGAUAUGGACGCCGUUCUCUCGGGCUCUGAUUCAGGCGACAGUUCUGAACAUUCCGAUUCGUCCGUCGCUUCAUCGUCAGAUUUGAAGUUCGCCGGUAACUUCCAACCUACUCAGGCACCAAGGGGAUACAACCAACAGGCCAUCUACCUCGCUGGACUAGGUACCCAAGCUAGAGGACAUGGAUUGAAUUUCAAAAGGGAUCUUGGAGAUGCGAACAAAGAUUUCUUGGCGAAAGCUAGAAAAGCAGUGUAUAUCACUGAUGAUGAGGAUGACGAGGAGGAAGGCUUGAGAUUACGUGGAAGUCGAGGAACAACAAGAGGAAGAAGAGAGCAGGCAAGUAGUGAGAAUGAAUAUGAGCUAGGAAGUUUCGUGGUUGAUGAUGAUGGUGAUGAAGAAUUAUAA